AUGGCAACAAUCACCCUUCCACCACCAAACGCCAACUACCAGUUCAGCAUCUUGACAAACAUCUUCAAGCAAGGUCUCCCCAACACUGAUGCUGAUACCUUUGACUACGCAAAAGAAAACUUUGGUCUGAUCCAUCAAUCCUACCCUUCAGAUGCCACCCUCGAGAAUGCCGAGGAUAAAACACAAUGGCAAAGAUUCGAACACUACAUUCGUGACUUGAACAAGAAUGCCGAAGACGGCAUCGUAUACAAAAUCUUGUAUCUAGGUCGCCAUGGCCAAGGCUACCACAACGUCGCCGAAUCUCGCUACGGCACUGCACUCUGGGACUCGUACUGGGCGAAACAAGAAGGCGACGAGCACGCCCACUGGGCCGAUGCCCACUUGACGCCAAUUGGUGAACAACAAGCUCUAGACGUCAACGCCUUUUGGACCUCUGCAUUGACUCACGCAAAAGUCCCAGCGCCGGAAAAGUAUUACACGUCACCUUUCUAUCGCUGCCUCCAAACCAGCUGGCUCAGUUUCCACAACCUGUCUCUACCAGCCUCAUCACCCUUUGCGCCAAUCGUCAAAGAACUCCUCCGCGAAACCAACGGCGUACACACCUGCGACCGCCGCGGUGCAUCCUCGAUCAUCCGCUCUGACUUUCCUUCCUACACUCUUGAACCCGGAUUGCCAGAAACCGACGUCUCGUGGACACCCGAUCACCGCGAAAAGCCCACCGAGCAUAUCUUGCGCGAACACUGGUGUUUGGAGGAAAUCUGGACGGAGAGCAAGGACAAGCAGUUUUUGAGCAUAACCGCGCAUUCGGGGACCAUUGCUGCGGUGUUGGGGGCGGUGGGACAUAGGAGAUUUGCGUUGCCUACUGGUGGUGUUAUUCCUAUUGCUGUCAAGGGGGAGAGAUUGAGGGGGUGA